AUGCCCGCUUUCCGUCCCUCGCCUGCUGCUCUGCGGAGCUUGCGCCGCUGCUACUCUACCUCCUCACCAGCGACACCGCCGACAUCGCCAUUCGCACCUCGACAUCUCCUCUCUAUAGCCGACCUCACACCUGCUGAGCUGACCACGCUCGUCCAAAAUGCACACCAACAUAAGACGACCAUCAAGCAGACAGGCGAGGUGCCGCAUUCGAUGCGCGGGGCAUUGGCAGGCAGGACCGUCGCAAUGACCUUCAGCAAACGCAGCACGCGCACGAGGGUAUCGACAGAAGGCGCCAUCGCGGCAUUUGGAGGCUCUCCCAUGUUCCUCGGUAAAGACGAUAUCCAAUUGGGUGUCAACGAGUCUCUCUACGACACCUCGCUUGUCCUCUCCAGCAUGACCGCCGCCAUUGUAGCCCGCGUAGGCCCUCACUCCGACGUAGCCGACCUCGCAAAGCACUCGAGCGUGCCCGUCAUCAACGCCCUCUCCGACCUCUACCACCCCCUCCAGAUCAUCGCCGACCUGCUCACCAUGGCCGAGAUCUACCCCUCCACAUCCUCUACCUCUCUCGGUCUCGAAGGCCUGAAGAUUGCAUGGAUAGGAGACGCCAACAACGUCCUCUUCGAUCUAGCCAUUGGCGCAACAAAACUCGGCAUCGACAUCGCCGUUGCAACCCCCGCUGGCUACGAGAUCCCUCAAGCAAUGCGCGAAGUCAUCUCCCACGCUGCACAAACCUCUCCCCACCCGGGCAAACUGCUCGAGACAAACACACCCGAAGAAGCCAUCAAGAACGCCGACAUCCUCGUGACAGAUACAUGGGUGUCCAUGGGCCAGGAAGAGGAAACCGCCAAACGCCUAAAAGCCUUCUCAGGCUUCCAGAUCACAUCUGAGCUGGCGAAACGGGGUGGUGCCAAGGACAACUGGAGCUUCAUGCACUGCCUUCCCAGGCAUCCCGAGGAGGUUGCCGAUGAGGUCUUCUACGGGCCCAGGAGUGUCGUAUUCAAGGAGGCAGAGAACAGGUUAUGGGCUGCCAUCUCCGCGCUCGAAGCGUUUGUAGUAAACAAGGGAAAUAUCCAGUGA